AUGUGUGGUGUCAUUUGCACCAGAUUAUUUGGAGUCAGUGUCUCAGACUUCUCAGGGCUGGGACUCUACGCUUUCUGCUCCUUUCAUCACCACCUUCAAACUGAAAGUAAGUUCUGUGGUAACAAGGUUGGGGAUUAUUUCCAGGUUAUAUUCUCAGAGGUGAAAAAGGAGGCAGUGAUCUUGGCAGAAACAGCAGAGGCCAAACCAAAGCCAGCAAAAGUCCAACCAGGCCGGGCUCAGGAUGAAGAAUUUUGGAAUACAUGCCAGAGUCAAGAACAGACAAGCAGGAAUACUACCAAAGAAAGUGAGAGGGUAUACAGAAAAGCUCUGCCUGCACCACAGAUUUUUGCUCCUUUUGAGCAGAUAAAUGCUUCAGACUGGACAGUGGCACCUAAGCCCAUCUUGGCCGAGUCCCAGAGCUUGUUGGCAUUUGAAGAGGUGGCCAUAUAUUUUUCUCAGGAAGAAUGGGAGUUAUUGGAACCCACUCAGAAGUCCCUCUACCAUGAUGUAAUGCAGGAAAACUAUGAGACUGUCAUCUCUCUAGCAUUAUUUGUGCUCCCUAAACCUAAGGUUAUCUCCUGUCUAGAGCAAGGGGAGGAGCCAUGGAUCCAAGGCCUUGAGGAGUUCAAGAAAAAUCAUGUAGAGCCUCCUACAGAGUUGAAGCUCAAAAAUGACACUGGAAGUCAUCAGCCUGGACCGAUUCCUGCCUUAGAAAUAGAAAGUACACGAGAUAUCAUUUCAAAAAAGUCCAGAGUAAAAGUUGUCCAAAAAACAAAAGGCAAAGAAAAUCAAGAUGAGAUGCACAGAGUGGAGAAACGACGUCGAGAUUUUCCAGAGAAGAAAAGGAAAAAACUUUCUUCCUGGAAGCAAGAGUUGCUGAAACUCAUGGUUCUUCACAAGAAAGCCCAUGCAGGAGAAAGGCCUUUUAAAUGUCAGGAAUGUGGGAAAAGCUUCAGAGUUAGCUCUGAUCUUAUCAAACACCAGCGAAUUCACACUGAAGAAAAACCCUAUAAAUGUCAACAAUGUGAUAAGAGAUUCAGAUGGAGUUCAGACCUUAAUAAGCACUUAACAACACACCAAGGCAUAAAACCAUACAAAUGCUCCUGGUGUGGGAAAAGCUUCAGUCAAAACACAAAUCUACACACACACCAAAGAACCCACACAGGAGAGAAACCCUUUGCCUGUCAUGAAUGUGGAAAAAAAUUCAGUCAGAAUUCCCACCUUAUAAAACACCGAAGAACCCACACAGGUGAGCAGCCUUUUUCCUGUAGCACAUGCAAGAGAAACUUUAGCAGGCGAUCAAGCCUUCUUAGACACCAGAAACUCCACAAGUGAACAGAAACU